UUGCACCGUCUAGCAUGGGUCUAGUAAGGGUCCCCGGCUCUCCACCUGGCGCGGAUCUCUAGUGGUCGACCGAGGCUUCUUAAUUUCCCACGAUCCUAUCGUUCGUAAUCACUCGCCUCGCCCGGGAAGAGACGCGUUCUGGUACUCAUGCCAGCUCUACUGCCUACCUCUCCUUCGCUCAUCUCUCUUCUUUUUUCUUCUCUCUUCUCUCCUUCUUGCUCUCCGGUUGCGUUGACCUACAUAUAUCUCUAUGUAAGUCGGCUGACUGGUCGGUACCUGGGUAGCGGUCUACCUCUAAAUGCUACGCGAGCCGUCUUUAUGUUUUGUCCUACCAACAUACCUCCUACACACACGUCCUACAGACGCACAUGCGUACAUGAAUACCACUACGACGACACAGUGGCAUUACAGGAUGGCAUGAGCCCAUGCCGUGCGACCAAUAAACCAACCUUGGCCGAUUCCAAGCCACGGCCGGAUUUCAUCACUGAUCCUUUGCUUAUUUAUGUCUAUCCUACGCACGCGCACAUCUCUUUGCUAGAAUUAUAACCCUAUAUAUCGGACCUUAGCUCUCAAGCCCCACUACCUCUCCAUAC